GGCGCCUGGCUAAAACAAACGGAAGGCAGCCCCUGAGCCUCCACUCAAUCCAAUUAAGGCGGACUUGGUCCACUCCGUUACGUGUACAUCCAACAAGAUCGGCGUUAAGGUAACACCAGAAUAUUUGGCAAAGGGAGGGGGAAAAAGCAGCGAGGCUUUGCCUUCCCCCCUCUCCUUUUUUUUUUUCCUCCUCUUCCUUCCUCCUCUAGCCGCUGCCGAAUCAUGUCGAUGAGUCCAAAGCAUACGACUCCUUUCUCUGUGUCUGACAUCUUGAGUCCCCUGGAGGAAAGCUACAAGAAAGUGGGCAUGGAGGGGAGUAACCUUGGGGCUCCGCUAGCGGCAUACAGACAGAGCCAGGUAGCCCAACCGGCUAUGCAGCAGCAUCCGAUGGGUCACAACGGGACCGUGACUGCCGCCUACCAUAUGACUGCUGCUGGGGUCCCCCAGCUCUCGCACACCGCUAUGGGGGGCUACUGCAACGGCAACCUCAGCAACAUGAGCGAGCUGCCUCCCUACCAGGAGACCAUGAGGAACAGCGCCUCGGCCACAGGCUGGUAUGGGGCCAACGCGGACCCACGCUUCCCAUCCAUCUCCCGCUUCAUGGGCCCCACAAGCGGCAUGAACAUGAGCGGCAUGGGAGGCCUGGGCCCUCUGGGGGACGUGAGCAAGAACAUAGCUCCACUGCAGAGCGCGCCGAGGCGAAAGCGCCGGGUCCUCUUCUCCCAGGCGCAGGUGUACGAACUGGAGCGGCGCUUCAAGCAGCAAAAGUACCUGUCGGCUCCUGAGAGAGAACACCUGGCCAGCAUGAUCCACCUCACACCAACCCAAGUUAAAAUCUGGUUCCAAAACCACCGCUACAAGAUGAAGCGGCAGGCCAAGGACAAGGCCGCCCAACAGCAGAUGCAGCAGGACAGCGGCUCCUGCCAACAACAGCAGCAGUCCCCGCGGAGGGUGGCAGUGCCGGUCUUGGUCAAGGAUGGCAAGCCAUGCCAGGCGGGCUCCAACGCCCCCAGCGCUGCUGGCCUCCAAGGCCACCAGCAGCAGGGGUCCGCGGCUACGGCCAUUACUGUGUCCAGCAACGGCACCAGCCUAAGCCAGCACUCGAACCACCAGUCUAGCAGCGCUGGUCAGUCCCCGGAUCUGGCCCAGCACUCCGCCAGUCCUUCGUCCCUCCAAAGCCAAGUGUCCAGCUUGUCCCACCUGAACUCUUCGAGCUCGGACUAUGGCGCUGCCAUGUCCUGUUCUACCUUGCUAUACGGUAGGACCUGGUGAAAAGAUUUCAUACCAAAAACAAAUGAGUUCUCCCCCUCCACUUUCCACAUCUCCCCAUCACACCACACACAGAUAAGAAUCAACUCAGCUGCUCCCACUUUAUGUUUCAACUUUUCUUAAUAGUCUUUCCCCUUUUAAACAAAAGAAACAAAACAAAAACCAAACUGCUGGACGUCUUUCCUUUCUGUGGUUUUUAAUUUCGUGCGUUUUAAUAGAAGCAAAAAAAAAAAGUGAAUUUAAGGUUCCUUUAAGGAAUCUUUAAACAGAAAGAGACGGACAGAAAAAGAAAUACUUUGGGGGUUUCUCUUAGGUGAUGAAAAUGGGUUUAGAACGCCUGAAUGGGGCUUUUCCGAGAGGGCCAUGGUGACUUUAGACUUUAAAAGUAUAUGUGUGUGUAUAUAUACAUAUACACACACAGAUAUAUGAUAUACAUUACAUGUAUAUAUAAACGUAUAUACGCAUGUGUAUAUGGGUAUAUACUCUCUAUACACAUACACAUACAAACAUACAUAUACAUAUACACAUACACACACAUACUAGGAAACAACUUUCACCCAUGCACAUUGCCAGCUAAGUAGACUCUAAUGUAAAUUCAUGGAUUUCGGAAGUGGGGAAUCUGGGGAAAGAGGAAAGGCGCUUUUACCAAACCCACUCAUCACAGAAACAAAGGAGGCACAAGGCAUCCCAGGCUUCAAUCCCAGUCUCCUGGCCCCCAAUCUGGCUCCUCAAGGCAAAGGAAACAUUUUCACUGGCCUUGACAUUUUUUUUCUUACCUUUGAUGUGAACCUGUAGCUGUAUAAUGCUGUCAAAAGUUGGACUAAACAUUUAGUUUUUAGUAUCUGUAUAUUUUGUUGUAAAAAAGGAAAUUCUGCUACUUCCCCCUACCUACUGACCCCCACACAUUUUUUAUGGACAUUGACAGAUCCGUGUAUAUUAUUUGGCAGUUUGGUAUUUGCAAAGUCAGUCUUUUUUUCUGUUGUAACUUAUGUAGAUAUUUGGCUUAAAUAUAGUUCCUAAGAAGCUUCUAAUAAAUUAUACAAAUUAAAAA